GCGAAAUUAUGUAUCUACGGCGAAGUACACGCUGUUCACCUUCCUGCCGGUCAAUUUGUUUGAGCAGUUUCAGCGCUUAGCCAACGCGUAUUUCUUGUUCUUGCUGGUGCUACAGAUGAUCCCUGGUGUAUCGUCUCUGGAUCCCAUGGCCACACUGGUACCCCUGAUCUUUGUGAUCGCACUGACCAGUAUCAAAGAUGCUAAUGAUGAUGUGAAACGACAUCAGAGUGAUAGGGAAGUCAAUGGCAGAGAAGUAGAGAGAUUCUGCCAGCACUUAGGCGUCUGGCAAUUGUGCAAGUGGGAGGAGGUCGUGGUAGGAGACAUCAUCCGCAUAGAAAACAAAGACCCGGUAGCGGCCGAUGUGCUCCUGCUGCUCACAUCUGAGACGGGCAACGAGUGCUAUUCGGACACCGCAGAACUGGAUGGUGAGUCGAAUUUGAAGCGAUUGUAUGCGAUGGACGCCACUCAGGACAUUGCGGACGAAAAAGAGCUCAGUGAGCUCAGAGCGUGUUUGGUGUGCGAGCCCCCAAAUCCAAAUCUCAAUUCGUUCAAUGGAAAACUUAUCAUCGGCGAUGAGACACACUCCGUGGAUAAGGAGAACGUCAUGCUCAGAGGAAUGACCAUGCGCAACACAGCCUGGGCCGUGGCCGUGGUGUUUUUUGCGGGCGGUGAUACAAAGCUGAUGUGCAACUCGAUCGGGGCUAGGUUCAAGCGCACGCGCAUCGAUGAGACAAUGAACUUGUUAAUUAUAUACAUUUUCAUUAUUCUGUUGGUUCUGUGUCUCCUGUCCGCUAUUGGCACAUACGUCUGGGAAGUCACCGUAGGCUCGGAUUUCCAGAUAUACUUACCUGCAGGAGAUCCGUCAAAUCCAUUCGCCGUCGCGGGCAUGAGUUUCCUGAGUUACAUUAUCCUCUACAACACCCUCGUGCCAAUCUCGCUUUAUGUGAGUGUGGAGAUCAUCAGAUUGGGGCAGAGUUGGCUCAUUGAUUGGGAUCUCAAAAUGUAUCACGCACCCUCCGACACGCCGGCACACGCACGCACGACUACCCUUACUGAAGAGUUGGGUCAAAUUGCGUAUGUAUUUUCCGACAAAACUGGGACUCUGACUCAAAACAUCAUGGGAUUUAUGAAGUGCUCCAUCAACGGGAAGAAGUACGGCAAAGGCUUGACGGAUGCCAACAGAGGGAGUGCGGCGCGAGAUGGUCGCAAUCCCGCGGACAUCGAACCGUUGGAGGAGGUUGAUUUCAGCUGGAAUCCCUACAAAGACCCCAAAUUCAACUUCUACGAUCAGGAACUAGUCGAUGUCUUGCGGUCUAAAGGCCAUGACGAGUGCUACUUCUUCCGGUGCUUGGCGUUGUGUCACAGUGUGCAAGCGGAGGCGUAUGUGCGGGGCCAGCUACCCGCCUACAAUGCACAAUCGCCCGACGAGUCGGCGUUGGUACAGGCGGCAAUGAACUUUGGCUAUGUGUUCAGGAAACGCACGAGGGACGAACUGGUAAUCCAAGUCAACGGCAAAUUCGAGAGAUAUAAACUUCUAGCACUACUAGAUUUUACCAGUGAUCGCAAGCGCAUGACUAUUGUGGUGGAGUGGUCCGAUGGCUCCAUCCGUGCCCUGAGCAAGGGUGCUGAUUCUAUCAUGUUUGCCAGGAUAGACUGCAAACAAGAACUGUUGGAUCAAACGGAAGACCACCUGGAGGAAUAUGCCACUGAUGGUUUGCGUACACUGGUGUAUGCGGAUCGACAACUCGAUCCAGAGUGGUUUAACGAAUGGAACGAGCGAUACAAACAGGCGUCACGAGCUAUCGAUAACAGAGAAGAGAAAGUGGCACUAGUGGCCGAAGACUUGGAAACGAAGCUGAGGUUGGUGGGCGCUACAGCCAUCGAAGAUAAGUUACAGGAAGGAGUUCCAGAAACCAUAGCGAACCUGCGUAAAGCUAGUAUACGGGUAUGGGUGCUUACUGGGGAUAAGCAACAGACUGCGAUAAAUAUUGGAUUCGCCUGCCAAUUAUUAACGAACCAGAUGCAGAUCUUCACCGUGAACGAAAAAACGGAAGAUGACGUGUACGAACGACUGCAAAUACUCAAAAGCAAGGUGGUGGCGGAUGAUAGUCCCAAGGCGCUGGUGAUCGAUGGCGCGUCGCUUGCGUUUGCUUUGUCUGACCGCUGUGGAUUUGACUUCCUGACAGUGGGCAAAGCGUGUCAGUCUGUCAUCUGCUGCCGUGUCAGUCCCCUGCAGAAAGCGGAUGUUGUGAGAUUAGUAAAGUCAAACACCGAUGCCGCCACACUCGCGAUAGGAGAUGGAGCCAACGAUGUCAGUAUGAUACAGGCAGCGCAUAUUGGCGUGGGUAUCAGUGGUUUGGAGGGUAGGCAAGCCGUCUUGGCGAGUGACUACAGUAUUGCGCAAUUCCGAUUCCUUGAACGCCUCCUACUGGUGCAUGGUCGGUGGUCGUAUAUCAGAAUGACGAAAUUCUUAAAUUAUUUCUUCUACAAGAAUUUUGCACUAACGCUAGUGCAGCUGUGGUAUAGUUUCUUCACUGGAUGGUCAGCACAGACUCUAUUCGAAUCUUGGUUUAUCUCUUUCUUCAAUUUAGUAUUCACAUCGCUCCCAGUGUUGGCCAUGGGAAUCUUCGAGCAAGACGUAGGCACGAGGUAUUGCGUAGAAUACGCACAGUUGUACGCGAUGGGGUCUCAAGAGAAGCUGUUCAAUCGCUGGAUCUUCUUUAAGUCUCUACUGCAAGGCGUGUGGCAUUCAGCUAUCAUAUUCUUCUUCGCCGCAUUUGGGUUGAAGGAUGCGAUGCAUGUCAAGGACGGUUGGAUGACUGGAAUGGAAUGGAAUGGCGUAGCACAAAGUUGGGCCGUUAUUCUUGUUGUCACCCUGGUAAUGGCGCUCGAUACCUAUAGAUGGACGGUAUGGAAUCACAUGUUCAUCUAUGGGUCGCUGAUAGCCUGGUGGGUAUUCGCGAUAUAUAUGUACGGGAUGCCUAUCUUCAUCGAUGGUUAUGCUUCGUAUUUUGGCACGAUCUAUUACAUUCCGUUGACGCCAGGUUUCUGGUUCUACAUCCUGUUAGUCUGCGCUGUAUGCAUGCUUCCGCUGCUGCUUUACCGGUACUAUCAACAAAUGUAUUAUCCCACGAUUAUCGAUGUCACCCGGGAGGUGGCGUGGAUCAACCGGUGCGCAUAUCGUCAUGAACUUGACGAACCCUAUCCGGUUUUGAGAGAGAGCGUCACAGUCCCACACAUCAACAAUGUGGACUUAAGUAAUUAUAAGAGUGAGUUACAACCUAAGGACUUUAUCGCUAUGGAUUCCACCGAUGGCACAAGAGCCGUGGGCUCUAUACCUCUGCCUCUCCACGAGGAUAGUAAAGCGUAAUGAAUUAAAUAAAAUUUGAAGAAACCAGGAAGCUGGGAGA